AUGGUUGAAGCCCAAGUCAAGCCCGAAGACCACCCCAAGCCCAAAACCACUCCCCAAGGCAGAAGUCCCACAAGCCCCAGCCCAAGCCUCCAGCAGAAGCCCAAGUCAAGCCCGAAGACCACCCCAAGCCCAAAACCACUCCCAAGAGCAGAAGUCCAACAAGGCCCAGCCCAAGCCUCAGUCAAGCCAAGUCCAAGCCGAGAGACCACCCCAAGCCCAAAACCACUCCCCAGAGCAGAAGUCCCACAGGCCCAGCCCAAGGUGAAUCGCAACAAGGGAGAAAUAGGGACAGUGAGUAUUCCAGCUCAGGUGAAAAACGAUCCCAAAAAUCAAGAGAUCCCAAAACAAAAUAAGGACAAGAAAAACAGUGAAGAACCGGACCAGCAGUGGUGA